CCUUGACUUGACUUGCCAAAUGAUGCUUCUUCCCCACACAAGAACACAACAGCAACAACUUGCCGUGUGGUGACUUCUCCUCUGCCCAAUUUUGAGUCUUUCUCUUCCUUCUCCUCCUUUUGGAACCAAUGGCUUGAGUGGGUCUUCUCCUCUCAGAUUCUGGCUACAAAACAAAGGGGAAUUUGUCAUUUGUUUGAUGAGUUCGCACAAGCUCAAGCUUUUUGCGAUUAAACUAUCUGUUUGAACUUGAGUUUGGUUCCUGUCAGGUUGCAAUGAAGUGUCUUCCAUUCUACUAUAGGGAGAAGAAACAUGAUCCUAAGAGUUUGCAAUCAAUUUCGGGACGGUCCAACAGUUCUAAUUAUGUGGAGGCUGAGAUGAAAAGGUCUGGUUCUGAAUUGAAUUCUCUGGAUGCCUCAGACAACAGCACAGACUCCCUCAGGAGAAAUGCAUUUCCCAGUUUGUCCCAGAGACCCAGCAACCUGAGAGUAUUCACUGUUCCUGAACUAAAAUCAGCCACUAAGAAUUUUAGUCGCUCCGUUAUGCUUGGAGAGGGUGGGUUCGGGUGUGUCUACAAAGGGUUGAUCAAGAGUGUUGAUGAUCCUUCCACAAAAAUUGAAGUUGCUGUUAAACAACUUGGUAAAAGAGGAAUUCAGGGGCAUAAGGAAUGGGUAACAGAAGUGAAUGUUCUGGGUAUUGUGGAGCAUCCUAAUCUGGUGAAACUAGUGGGCUACUGUGCUGAUGAUGAUGAAAGAGGAAUUCAGCGGCUUUUGAUUUAUGAAUAUAUGCCCAACAGAAGUGUGGAACACCAUUUAUCUCCACGAACUGAAACUCCUCUCCCAUGGGGUAGAAGGUUGAAAAUAGCCCAAGAUGCAGCUCGUGGGUUAACAUACUUGCAUGAGCAAAUGGAUUUUCAGAUAAUUUUCCGAGAUUUUAAAUCUUCAAAUAUCCUCCUCGACGAGCAGUGGAAUGCAAAGUUGUCAGACUUUGGGUUAGCAAGAUUGGGACCAGCUGAUGGGUUAACUCAUGUCUCAACAGCGGUUGUAGGAACAAUGGGGUAUGCAGCUCCAGAAUAUAUUCAAACCGGGCGUCUCACAGCAAAGAGUGAUGUAUGGAGCUAUGGCGUCUUCCUCUAUGAACUCAUUACUGGCAGGCGUCCUAUAGAUCGAAAUCGCCCCAAGGGUGAGCAGAAGCUGUUGGAAUGGGUAAGGCCAUACCUUUCAGAUGGGAAGAAGUUUCAAAUAAUAUUGGAUCCAAGACUUGAGAGGAAACAACUCUUCAAGUCAGCCCAAAAACUUGCUAUAAUAGCUAACAGAUGCUUAGUCAGAAACCCAAAGAAUCGCCCAAAGAUGAGUGAAGUAUUAGAAAUGGUGAACCGGAUUGUGGAGUCUUCGGUGGGUGCUAAUCCACAGCCACCCUUAAAAAGUGUAGUAGCCUCAGCAGAAGCUUCUCAGGGCAAUGAAAUAAAGAACAAAAAAAUGAACAUGGAUCCAAAUCCAGAUUGUAAUUGGUUAAGAAUGUGGAGGCCAAAGCUUUUAAGAGCAUGUAGAAUAUUGUAGUAUUGGAGGCAAAGGUUCUUUACAACAAGAUAUCACAGUACUUGGGAACCACAAAGAGCAUGAGAUGUUAAUGCAAGUGUUGUCACAAAACUGGGAAACCUCUUCAUCUCCUUAUGCAACCUGCGUGGUACUCAAGGUUUUUCAAGCGAUUUAAUGAGAAUUCCAGUGAUGCAUAUGAGCCUGGCCUGUGAUAUCCAAGUAGAUAAAGAGGAAUGAAGUGAGAAUUUCAGAGUAGAGAAUUUCAAAGUAGAGAGGCUUGUGAUAUGCUUGCUAUGAGCCUGGCCGUGAUGCAUAUGGUUGCUAUCAAUUUCGAGGCCAUAAUGCGAAAACUAAUCACUAGAAUGUAAUGUACUUUCAGAUUAACAGAAUCUCUAUGCUUUUAUGUGCAUGGUUACAUCAUAUUAAGUUGUGGUCUCCCAUCUAUAGUUUAUGUACUUAAUAUAAUUUCAAGAAUAUAUUUUUCAUUUAAAAUAUUAGGAGUGUAAUAACUUAUGUACAGUUAUACACGCAUACAUCCCCAUCAUGUAACAUUUCUGAAAACAUCCUCACCACCGUGUAACCUUUCUGACAUGAUCGUGCCAACACUGUCAUAUGCAAAAUUUGAUGUGAUAUUAUUAUCAAGCUACAGAACAUAUUUAUAUC